UUUACAGAACAGUACCUGAAUUAUUAUUCAGCAAUAAAAAUUAAUAGUCCUGUUUUAUGUAAUCGUAUUCCAUUCAAAUUUUAAAUAAUUCAAAUAACGUUUAUUAAAUUUAUUAUUAAAUUAAAUUAAAUUAAUAUUUUAAUUAAAUGCGCCACAUCAUAAAAUUAAAAAGUCUCUAUAAUUACAUUUUAUAUUGUAUAGACUAAUUUGCAAAAAUGAUUGUGUUUUGGAAAUUUUCUACUAGUUUUACCAUUAUAAUUAUUUCUUAUAAUCUCAUGUUGUGUGCGCAAAGUAAUUUACAGCUGAAACAAGUGAAUGUGUUAUUUAGACAUGGUGAUCGUACACCAGAUACUUUAUAUCCAGGAAUUCCGUAUACAAAUGAAGAUUAUUUUCCUGCCGGCAUUGGAGGACUAACAAAUCACGGUAAAUUAAGAGCAUUUAAAUUUGGCGAAACACUUAGGCAAAGAUAUAAUGAUUUUCUUGGAAGUACUUACAUAACAAGAGAUGUAGUAGCACAAAGCUCUGAUUUUGAACGUACAAAAAUGACUCUACAACUUGUUUUGGCUGGUCUAUAUCCUCCUGAUGGAUUACAAACAUGGAAAAAUGAUCUUAAUUGGCAACCGAUUCCAUUUAGAAGUAUUUAUCCAAUCACAAAAGAUUACAUAUUCCGUCGAUUUGAUGUCUGUCAAAGAUAUCUUGAGGAGGAGAAGAGAAUACUUAAUUUGUCAGAAGUGACAAAAAGAUUGUCGAGAUUUAAUUACUUGAUAAAAAAUAUGACGAAUGAAACAAAGAAAAAUUUAACAGAUGUUGCACAUUUACGAAUUUUUUAUUGCAAUUUAGUGUGUUUGAAAGCAAUGGGAUUUAAAUUACCACAGUGGGCAAAGAAUAAUCAUCUUCAAAAUGAUCUUCUUAGUGCUGCAAUUGCCAGCUUUGAUCUAAUGAGUUACAAUAAUGAAUUAAAAAAAAUUAACGGAGGAGGAUUUGUAAAGAUUUUUACUGAGAAUAUGUUGGCUGUAAAGAAUCAAACAUCGAAAGCUACUUCUAAAAUUAAUUUAUACAGCGGUCAUGAUAUGAAUAUUUUAGCAUUGUAUUCAGCAUUAAAUUUAGGUAAAUCGCACAUAUCGGAAUUCUCAAGUGCAAUAAUUGUUGAAUUACAUCAGCAGGAGACAAACUACUAUGUUAAAAUUUGGUAUUUUUUGGGAGUUCCAUCAGAAAUGAAACAAAUGCAAAUUCCAAAUUGUCCGAUAUUGUGUCCAUUAGAGUGUUUUCUCCAUCAAACAAAAAGUGUUUUACCUACGGAUGAGGAAUUUAAAUGUGUUUAAUAUUUAAUAAAUUAAAUUAACAAGAU